GUUUUUCUAAACUUAUAUUCAUUGCAGAGCUAGAGAUGAAUUUGAGAUUGAGAUGAGAGCAUCGAGUUCCUUCCUAAAAGUUUAAAAGGAUUCGGAGAGUUAUACACAAUUUCAACACUAGAGACAAGGAUGUUUACCACUGAACAUGGAGAAAAUAACUCAUCAUUCACCAAAACAAUAUACAGGAUGGGUGAUAAAUAUGAGUGGUCACCAGAUCCUGUUCUCUCUGUUUUCAUCUUUAUAAUAACUGUGGUGAUUAUUUUGAGUCCUGCAGUUUGUUCUGGAUGCUACCAUUAUCAUAAGAAACAUUAUGGAGUAGGACUGGAGAAACAGGAGAAGUUACCUCCCGUCAUAUAUUUGGUUGGAACUCCUCUUUCCUGGAUAAAAUAUCCGAAGAAUUCAAGGUGUUCAUGUCCCUCUCCUCCAUCACCUUCUCCACCUCCUCAACCUUCUCCAUCCCUGGCAUCUCAGCAAUGUCCAACCCCUCCGUCUCUGGCGUCUCAUACAUGUCCAACACCUCCGUCUACAACAUACCGACCUUCACACUGCAGACAUAGUGUACCAUCACAACAGAAACGACCACCAUGGUACAGAGCUGUAGAGAGAUCUGAGAAGAAUAAUAUGCUGAUCCUACACCUGGAGAGUGACUCACUUAUGGAAAACUACUAUUCUGGAUCAGUGUCAGUUCCUGCAGAAGUAAAACCAUCUUCAUCUACUGGCUUGAAACCUGUCUCACAAUCAUCAGGCCCACUCGCAUCCACCCAACCAGCAAACUCUGUACAUGUAUCCCUACCCAGCUGGAAACAGAAACCUGCUCAAAGUUCCUUUAACUCCGCCCCAAGGAGAGGAUGUUCUAUCAACUAUUUUGUUAAACCUACCAGAGUAAUCCCUAUGAAACCCAUUUCGGAGAAUUCUUCUUCCGUCAAAUCAUCCCAGAGUGAAAUCAGGAAUGUUUGCUCGAAACUUGAGAAUAUGAAACAAUCAAGAUCGGAUUCACAAACCUCGAAUGAAAGUGAAAUACUACUUUUGCAAACCAGACUCUAAUAUUUUUCAGUUUUCAAUCAAAAGAAUUUAAUUUUUGCCACAAACUCAAAUUUUUUUAGCACCUAUCUUUGGCACUUUUCCAAUUUUGAUUAUUUGACCUAAGAGAAUAUAUAGUUUUAAAAAUAUCAAA